AUGCCAACCCCCGCGCCCGACGCCCAGACGGCCAAGCUGGCCGUCUGGAAGGAGGCCCUCUACGAUCGCUGUCGCGAGUCCGGCGUCGACAUGUUCUCUCAGGAUGACCUCCUCCGCCUCGACGUUAUCCCCAACCGCGACCUCAUGCUGCUGGCCCGCGUCGUCCAGUCCCUCAGCGAUGACAAGCUCUUCAUCACCAUGCGCGAGGCCUCGGGCCAGGUUCUGUGGAAGUGGCGCGACGCUCAGGAGGCACACAAGUACAAGCAGUGUUCGACUGAUGAGCAGGUCAUGGUGUACUCGCUCAUCGACGACUCGGGCGGCGACGGUAUCUGGUCCCAGACCCUCCAGAAGCGCCUCAACAUGCACGACUCGGUCCUCAAGAACGCCCUCAAGCAGCUCCAGACAAAGGGCCUCAUCGCCCCCUUCAAGAAUGUCGAGCACCCUAACAAGAAGAUGUUCAUCAAGGCCUCCAUCCGCCCCAGCGAUCGCGCCACCGGCGGCCCAUGGUACACCGACCAGAACCUCGACGAGGCCUUCAUAGAGGAGCUGCAGCGCUUCGUCUUUGACUACCUGAAGCUUCAGAGCAGCUACCACAGCACCCACGGAGGUGGUGCUCCGGCGCGGACGCAGGUGCCCAAGAAGGGUGUCGUUAAGGGAGGCGUGGAGAAGGGCAAGAAGCGUGAUGCUAGCCACAUGGAUGAGCCUCCAUCAAAAAUCACAAAGACCUCCUCCGCAGCCCCUCCAAGGAAGGACACUCUCCUCCCUCUCCCUGCCGGUUACACGGGCUACCCGACCGUCCGCGACAUCGCCCGUCUCCUCUCCACGAGCGGCGUCACCCACAACACCAUCCUUUCCGAACACGAUGUAAAGAAGCUUGUCGAUGUCCUGGUCUGGGAUAACUUGGUCGAGCCUGUCAAGGUUGGCGGCAAGAUUGGCUACCGCGUCUCCCGCAUCGCCAAGCAGUCCGCAGAGAGAUGGGCUGGCCGUGAUGAUCCCACAGGACUCGAGGGUGGCCCCGAGCCAUUCGUCAGUGCUUUCACUGAGGCUCCUUGUGGCCGCUGCCCAGUCUUUGAGAUCUGCGAAGAGGGUGGACCGGUAGGUCCCAACAACUGCGAAUAUUUCCAGAGGUGGUUAGGCAUUGAAUAG